AGCUCGGUAUCGCUGUUCGGCAUCGUUCAGUGCACAUUCAACGGUCAUGGGAUGAACAUCGGAUAUCGUGUAUACGCGUUAUCUCUGGCGCCCCCUCUCUCUCUCACACACACGCUCUCUUUUUGCCACUCUCUCGCAGACCAAGAUCUAGGCGUCCAAAACAGUCUUACGCGCGCCCAGUAAAUUAACAACAACAACAACAAACAACAAACAACAACAACAACAAUCAAAACAACGGCAAAUAAACAAAUACAAAUACCACGAGUUCUGAGUACUUACGAAUUAAUUUUCAAUUGUUGGUUUGUCUUAGCCGUCGCCUAAUUGCUGAAAAUGUGGCUCACCGAUUGCCGCACGAUGACACGCUACAAACAGACCGAAUUCACGGAAGAUGAUUCAAGUUCAAUUGGAGGCAUACAGCUGAACGAGGCGACGGGACACACGGGCAUGCAGAUACGCUAUCAUACGGCUCGGGCUACAUGGAACUGGCGUUCACGGAAUAAAACCGAAAAAUGGCUGCUGAUUACCACAUUUGUUAUGGCUAUCGUCAUCUUAACGCUACUCAUCAUGAUAUUUUGCAACAGCUCCGAUAACACCAAUCAUGUGGUACACGUCCAGCCGCAUAAGAAGGAUUGUGUGGAGGCCGAUGAGUUGCCCUGCCUAAAUGAGCACUGCAUUUUUGCAUCAAGUGAGAUUCUCAAGUCCAUUGAUGCCAGUAUCGAUCCUUGCGAUGAUUUCUACGGUUAUGCAUGCAAUCAAUGGAUCAAAAACAAUCCCAUACCGGAGGGCAAAUCCACUUGGGGUACAUUUGGAAAACUGGAGCAGAUGAACCAGCUAAUUAUACGCAACGUUCUGGAGAAGCCAGCCAAAACCUUUAAGUCGGAUGCGGAACGCAAGGCGAAAGUCUACUAUGAGUCGUGCCUGGAUGUGGAUGAGCACAUGGAGAAACUGGGUGCCCAGCCAAUGAACGAUUUGCUUAAGCAGAUUGGAGGCUGGAAUGUGACGCAGAGCGGCUUCAAUGUGACCAAAUGGAAGCUGGGCAACACACUCAAAAUACUGCACAACAAAUACAAUUUCAACUGUUUGUUCGGCUGGGCCAUUGGCGAGGACGACAAGAACUCCACGCGCCAUGUCAUACAGAUUGACCAGGGCGGCCUGACGCUGCCCACCGCUGACUACUAUAACAACAAGACGGACAUUCACCGCAAGGUGCUCAGCGAGUAUAUCGAGUACAUGACCAAGGUAUGCGUGCUGCUCGGCGCCAAUGAGACCACUGCUCGCCUCCAAAUGGAGGCGGUCAUCAACUUUGAGAAGAAGAUAGCCAACAUCACCAUACCGAUGGAGGAUCGACGCAAUGAGGAGGCCAUGUACCAUCCGAUGAAGCUCAAGGAUCUGAUCAAGCUGGCACCGUUCCUCAACUGGACCGAUCAUUUUGACAAUGCCAUGCAAAUGGUCAAAAGGCGUGUUACUGACGAAGAGAUCGUUGUCGUCUAUGCACCCGACUUCCUGAAGAAUCUGUCCAACAUCAUUAUGAGCAUGCAGAAAACAGAUGCUGGCAAAAUAACGCUGAACAACUAUCUGGUUUGGCAGGCGGUGCGCACGCUGACCAGCUGCUUGUCCAAGCCCUUCCGGGAUGCCUAUAAGGGCGUGCGCAAGGCGCUGAUGGGCUCCGAUGGCGGAGAGGAGGUGUGGCGGUACUGUGUCUCCGAUACAAACAAUGUGAUUGGGUUUGCAGUGGGCGCCAUAUUUGUACGCCAGGCAUUCCAUGGCGUCUCCAAGCCAGCGGCGGAGCAAAUGAUCGGCGAGAUACGCGAGGCCUUUAAACUGAAUUUACAGAAUCUCAGCUGGGUAGACAAGCAGACGCGUGAGCGAGCCAUUGAGAAGGCCAACGAGAUCUCAGAUAUGAUUGGCUUCCCCGACUAUAUACUCGAUCCCGUGCAGCUGGACAAGAAAUAUGCCGAGCUAAAUAUAACCGCAAACGCGUACUUCGAGAACAACAUUCAGGUGGGCAUCUACAAUCUGAAGAGCAAUCUGAAGCGUCUCGAUCAGCCGGUGAACAAGACCAAUUGGGGCAUGACGCCUCAAACUGUGAAUGCGUACUAUACGCCCACCAAAAACCAGAUAGUCUUUCCCGCUGGCAUUCUACAGACGCCUUUCUUUGACAUCAACAAUCCCAAGAGCCUUAACUUUGGCGCCAUGGGCGUGGUCAUGGGCCACGAGCUGACGCACGCUUUCGAUGAUCAGGGGCGUGAAUACGACAAGUUUGGCAAUAUUAAUCACUGGUGGGAUGCCAAGAGCAUCGAUCGCUUCAACAAGAAGGCCGAGUGUAUAUCCACCCAGUACGGCGGUUACAAGCUCAACGGACGCAACCUGAAUGGCAAGCAGACUCUGGGCGAGAAUAUAGCAGACAAUGGCGGCUUGAAGGCGGCCUAUCAUGCCUAUCUGCGCACCAAGCUUGACAAGGAUGCGGAUAUCCUUAAGCUGCCUGGCCUAAAUUUGACGCAUCCGCAGCUCUUCUUCGUUUCUUUUGCACAGGUCUGGUGCUCCAGCACCACAGACGAGACAAAUUUGCUGCAAAUGGAGAAGGAUCCGCAUUCGCCAUCGCAGUUCCGUGUCAUCGGCACGCUGUCCAAUAUGAACGAGUUUGCCGAAGUAUUCCAGUGCAAGCCCGACACACGCAUGAAUCCGACCAAUAAAUGCGAAGUCUGGUAAAAAUUAUAAUAACCAAUACAGAUCUCAUAACCUCUGCGAAAUACCAAAUAUAACGAAUUCUUUUACCAAAUAAUUUAUCAAAUCGACGCACAAAAACAAAACCAAAACCAAAACCAAAUGAAAAACAAAAAAACAAAAACAACAACAACUAUUACUCGCGAAAAAAGUGCUAUAGACAAUGCGUAUUCGUUUGAUUGUCUAGAUAGCUUAUAGAGCUGUUCGUUUCAAAUGUGUGCUAAAUGUUUUUGUUGUUGCUAAUCUAGAUAUAUACAUCAUAAAUAUAUAUAUACGCUUGCAGAUUGAUAUAAAUCUAUGGGAAUACCAUAAAUUACAAGUCUGUCCAAUAUUUACGCAUACUUUUGUGUACCUCGCCCUCAUCAUUGAGUGGCUAUUUUCGAUACUAAGGAAUGUUUCAGCUAUCUGUCGAUGAUCAGUUUUGUUUUCCUAUCCACCGAAAUCAAUUACUUCAGUGAGUGGUAAAGCAUUUACACACACAUUCACUUAUCAUAUAAACUCAGCUAUAGAUUAAAUGCACAACUAACGAUAGAUAUAAUUACUUAAGUAAUUGUAACUGACGCGUGUCAAUAAUUAAAUAUUUAUCUUUGAAAAGUAGCAACAACAUUUUCUCGACUAACUACAAACUACAGCAACUUUACAGCUAUGAAUACGUUAGUAAUUGUAAUCGUAAUCUUUCAGUAAUUGUUGUUAGGAAUCUGUAUACAUUUGCAAUCUUUCAAUUAUUAACGAAACUGUUAUAAGAAAUUUAUCUACAAAUUGGAACAGCAAAGUUCCAAUCUCUCGCUAAUAUCAUCUCGCAUUUACAAAUUGCUCACACAGGAAAAGCUCAACUAAGAAAGUCUAUUAUAUUCUAUCAAAGUGUUUGAUUAUUAUAAUAGUCUAGAUGAAUUUGAAUCACUUUUUGCUAUUCCAAAGAUUUGUCAAAUCACAUUUUGCAAGCUUAUAUAAACUGUUUCGGCAGGCCGAAAUUUAUUUCAAUUGUAUUUAUUUACUACAAAAAAAAAAAACAAAACUAAAAAAAAAAACGUCAGUCAUUGUGCCUAUGGAAAAGUGAAAAACUAUCUGACGAUAAACCUAUUGCAUACUUUUGGUUAACGGGCAUUGAUCGACUUUAAGCCGCGCCUGUACCAAAGCCGAGACUUAAACAACAGCAAAAACAACAACAAAAAAACAAUUUUGAAAAUUGCGAACUACGAAAGUGAACGCAUUACACGAAUUAAAUAAAGAUAAAAAACUUC